UCCUCUAAGCCGCAUGGCGCAUUCUCCGCCCAGCUCGUGAUGUGUCAGUGCUAGAAAACAGUGUGCGAUUUCAUUCUUGUGCCAUUUUCCAGUGAAAAACGCGAAAAACUCUCGUCAAAACACAGAUAGCGAUUUUUGGAUUAACCAUUUCCAAGGUGCAAUGGGACGAUCAAACAUUUAAAAUGUCCACCCCUUGUGUGGGCGGCGCAGCAGAGAUGCAAGCGCCAGUGGUUGGUCAGCAUCAGCACACUUCCUCAAGGGACUCUCUUGCCUUUUCCAAGGGACUGCUCAACGGACCCGGACAAAACAAUUGCUUCCUCAACAGUGCGGUGCAGGUUUUGUGGCACUUGGACAUCUUUCGUAGAAGCUUCAGAGAAUUGUCGGGACACGCGUGCAUGUCCGAAUCAUGCAUCUUCUGCGCACUGAAGGAGCUGUUCGCGCAGCUGCAGUUCAGCCAGGAGGCCGCCCUGCCGCCCGACGCCCUCAGGAGGGCCCUGGCUGAGUCCUUCUCCGACCAGCAGCGCUUCCAGCUCGGACUCAUGGACGACGCCGCAGAAUGUUUCGAGAAUAUCUUGCUGCGCAUCCACUUCCACUUGGCGAGUGGCGAGCCGGACGACAUGUGCAGCGUGGAGCACUGCGUGCCGCACCAGAAGUUUGCGAUGACCCUGGUGGAGCAAAGUGUGUGCGGCGCCUGCGGAGCCACCUCCGAGCCGCUGCCGUUCACACAGAUGGUGCAUUAUGUGUCGGCGUCAGCGCUGACGACGCAGGCCAGACAGAUGGCCGACGAAAGCGCGCCCUCCAACCACAUGUUCGGCCAGCUCCUCAGGAAGGCAGGUGGAAUGGGCGAAAUUCGUGGUUGUCCCAGCAAAUGUGGGGCAACAAUCCAGAUCUGCCGGACCUUGACCAACUGCCCCGACGUUGUGUCGGUGGGCCUGGUCUGGGAUUCAGAGCGGCCCUCCCUGGAGCACAUCAUGGCCGUGUUCAGCACGCUAGGCACGAGUCUGCGGCUGCAAGAAGUUUUCCACAACGUGGUGGAGCGUGGCGUCGCCGGCAUGCAGCACCAGCUCGUCGGGCUGGUCACCUACUACGGCAAGCACUACUCCACCUUCUUUUUCCACACCAAGUUGCACACGUGGAUCUACUUUGACGACGCGGCCGUGCGCGAGGUCGGCCCCCGAUGGGAGGCCGUCGUCGACAAGUGCCGCCGUGGCCGCUUCCAGCCGCUGCUGCUGCUCUACGCCAACCCUGACGGCCGACCCGUCGACACCGAGUUGGCGCCGCGCACCGUCAUCAUGGUGCCCACCCCUAGCAAGGUUGUGCCGCCCCCACGCAGGGCUGUCACCCCUAGCCCUGAGAAGGCGGCCGUCGUGGCUGCACAGCGCCGGGCGGCCACUCCAAAUCCAGACAACCCCUUCUAUGGAGGUGGACGCGACUACCAGAAUUUAGCCGAGAUGAACAAACUGUUGUGCGACACUUACGGAAGUAGGCAUACCCUGAUGCAAAAGACCAAUAGCAACCCGAUGCCACCUCCGUCGCCGCAGUCCAGCACUGGCAGUGGCGAGUUGCGCCGCCGGCGUGACUCUGGCAACUGGAGCGGCGACAGAAACAGCGCCUCUUCCAGUUCCUCCACUUCGAUGGAGAACCCCUAUCACUUCCUUCAAGGGAAGAGGAUAACCAAGGGUCCACCGCAGUCUCCACGGAGCAAAACGGCAGAAUGGGGUGUGGACCACGGUUAUGAUUCCUACUCUCUGUCUUCCAAUGACAGUCUCCCUCUGCAGAUGAGCCUGAAGCACAACCUUCAGCUUGCGCAGAUUCCAGAAACUCCGCAAAGGGGUGGCGAGUGCGAAAGGCUAUGUGAGGAAGCAGAACGACUGUUGAACCAAUCGCUGGUAUGCGAGGAAGACAAUGUGGACUUGGGCAGGGCAGUGCAGCUGUGUCAUGAGGCGACGAAGAUUGCACGCGCUGCCAUGGACGCACCCUACAACAAUCCGCAGUCCAUGAAUAUGGCCAUCCUGAAGCACAGCACGUGCGUCAUGCGCCUCAAGAGUUUAAGUAAGCGCCUGCAAGCGUCGCAGGAGUCGCUGAUUGAACCUGAGGCGCGUCACUCGCGGCAGAACUCGCGGGACAGCAAGGGCUCGAACCACUCGCGGCAGGGAAGCAGGGAGCUGCUCCGCCCGCCACCCGAACACCUUCGCCAGGGUACGCCCGAGCAUCAUCGCCAAGGCGCACCUGAGCACCAUCAUCAAGUUACGCCCGAGCACCACAGGCAAAUUAACAGGGAGCCCCCUGCCGUUCCCACCCUUGCAGGUGUGGAGACGACCAUUGAGCUUUACGCGACCCUGCCAAAGAAAGGUCGCAUCUCCCGGGACGAGGUCAAGGUGGCGGAAAAAGCCAAGCGGGAAAAGAGGGCGCGGAGCGAGGAGCGCAAGAGGGCCGAGGCGACCGAGUCGGAGAGUCUCUAUCGGACGCAGAGCUCGGCCAGCAUCAAAGACGAGGACCCGAAAAAGAGCAAAAACAAGCAGCACAAGAUCCGGCGGAAGCUGCUGAUGGGCGGGCUGAUCAAAUGCAAGAACCGCAGUCUGCCUGACUUGAGAGACGACACGCAGCCGCCGCCACCAGCUCCGCGGCCCACAACACCCCAGCUGCAGCUUAGUGGCUACCUGUCUGAAGGCAGCACCAACCCAAGCCUCGAGAAGAGCAAACUGAUGCGCAAGGGUGGCAGAAGCACCAUUUGCCCAGCCAAGGUUCCUCCCCUGCCUCCCCUACGCACUUCUUCCCAGCUAAGCAAGGGCAAGCCGCCGCUUCCGCUGCCUGAGCCGGUCGUGUACAGCAACAUGCAGGCUCUCAACCACCAUCAACAAUUGAUUCAACAGCAGCAUCAACAGCACAUGCACUAUCAACUGCAGCAACAAACUCUGCUCUACCAGCAGCAACAGCAACAGCAUCAACAGCAGCAGCAGCAACAACAGAUGCCGCUGGACGAGGACUGCGUCGACUCGGCGCUGCCGUUGCCGCCGUAUCCUAGUCCACCAACGUCAGCCGUGCACUCGAGACAAGGCAGCGAGGAGUUCCCGCCACCUCCUCCGCCGAACGACCUGCAGGAAGACGCAGCGUUGCAAGAGUUCAACCUUAAGCGUGCACAGAUGCUGAACCAAUACCAACAGGAGCAGGCAGCAAAUGAUAGUGGCGAUCACUGGCUUAAGGAGCUCAAGGCGCGGCAGGGACAGCAACAGGAUGUCCGCCAAGUAACUAACAAAAUGGAUGAGCUCAAGGUUGGCGAGGAGACGCGCAAGAAGAAGAAAUGCGUCACCUUCUGCGACGAGGUGACCCUGGUCGCCACCGCUGACGAUGAUGACACUGACAGUUUCAUCCCUAAUCCAAUCCUGGAGCGAGUGCUGCGUUCCGCGAAGCAGCACGGCGAAACCACCACCUACCAAAGACUGAACGACAAGCCUCCGACUCCGCUGAUGGAGCACCGAACCUACCCUCAGCAGGCCCCGCAAGAACAGCAGAAGGCGCCAAGUCCCUAUCAACCGAUGCCAGUGCAGCAAAACUCGCCCUACAUGCCGGUGCCGUACCCUCAUCACCUGCAACAGCAGCAACAGCAACAGCAGCAACAACAACACCAACAGCAGCAACAACAACAGCAGCAGCAGCAUCAGCAGCAACACCAACAACCACCACAGCAACCGCCACAACAGCAGAAGUGGUACCAACCGUAUCAGGUUCCCCCUUGCCUGUUCCAACACGUGCCAACAUCCCAGAUCUCGUAUCAGCCACCUUACAACCCCUACCCGAAACCAAUGUCCACACCGGUUCUCGAGUCGCGAGUUCCCCAUCACCCCUCGGUGAUGGAGAAGCCACCCACCCCUACGCUCCAUCCGGCAUCCUAUCACCACUUGCAGCAGCAACAGCAGCAGCAGCAGCAACAACCCACCCCCGCAAUGUCCUCUUCACCCUACCACCACAUGCCGCAAGAAAAGCCACCCACGCCGACCUUUGUGCAACCUCUGCAGAGAGCGCCGACGCCUGACAAGGAAAAGCAAACGUACAAAACAAUGUACCAAAGGGUGCCACCCCCCUACCAGAGGGUGCCCGAGUAUCAAAAGCCGCCGACCUACCCCCAGCAGCAGCGCCUGUCACCUUACUACGCGCCGUGCAACAAUGGAAGCAUAAAUAACAAUAAUAACAUCCCUGCCCCCCAAAAAGAGUUCCCACCCUAUCAGCACCCCCCGCCUCCCAAUGCCGGUGCCAAGAGACAAGUGAGUGCGAACACCGCACCCAAGAGACCAUGCGGUCUGUGCAGGAAAAAACAAGUGAGCCCACCCGCCGACUACUGCAUCGACUGCGAUGUUUACAUGUCCCGGUUUCGGCCGAAAACGUGAAUUAAAUUCCUCCAAUAAUUGUUAACUGAUCUCGCUGUGAUGGACUCUACUUAUUGUUAGCAUUGAAAAAGCACAUUCAAGAACCUUUUUUUAAGUGUAAAAAUUAUUAUAACAUGUAAGAGUACAAUUUUUGUUGUAAAUUAUUACAAAUUUUUAUAAUAAAAGAGGAAAAUAAUAUUAAAGCAGUUAAAUAAAAAAAGCAGCGAGUUUUA